UUUCUUUCUCGCUAAAUCGGACCAUGCUGCCGUAACACCGCAUCUCAAACGCAGUUAUUUUCUUUUCUUCUUUCUGUGUGCUAUAGUAAGGCCUGUGCAAUGUAAUCUCAAAAUGGAAAACGGGAGAACUAAUUUGACAUGUUUCUCAAAUAUAGUCGACGUUCACUGUGCAAGUGGUUCUUUGAAGGGCUGGCAUGAAAGUAAUAAGCAAACGAUUGUAUAGGCAAAACAUUUUUAAUUCGUUUUCAGCCCCCCCCCCCCCCAUUCUCACCUCUUUCACCCAUUACUGGUAGAAGAAUUAAAAUUAGAAUAUAGGAGAAAAGUAAAAGAGUAUCAUUUAUUGACUAUUCACCGUAAGGGACAUUACAUAGAGUGUACACCGGUUAAGCGAGUCAAAACUUGUCUAUCAAUAGAGGUGGAAAAAAGUUUCGGAGAAAAUAGAGCAAUUUGGGUGUAAAAAAAAGUAUUGCCCCUGUGUUUACUUUUUUGGAUACUACUUUACCUUCAGCCCGGAAUUUAUAAGCCAUUUAUACUUCUAUAAAGUUCAUUGUGGUGUGUAGAUCACUGAAAACUGUGCAUCCAAGUUCGCUGAAGAAUCUUCGACGGUUGACAAGCAAGACAAAUUUGUUUAAAAAUGGCCGCCUUGGAUAAUUUCAGUUUCCACGGGCCUGUUCUUCGCAUCGUAAUGGGUUGAAGGAGAGUGUUUCAGCUUUGAACUUUUUUUUUCACCAUCACUACACUGACCACACUAUCAUAAAGUUCAUAUGGAUGUGACAUAGAGCUGAGGUGAAGAAUAAAGUGGAAACGAAAUGGCUCUACAAUCACAGACACAGGUGCAAAGUACCCAAGGCCGACUGCUGGAUGACCUUCAGAAAGCACGUGAGACGGAGCAGAAGCUCAAGGAGACCCAGUCUGAGGAGAUGAAGGAAGUGGAGAGCUACGUGGAGCACAUACGUCACCUGUCUGACGAGAGGGAGGCACUCAUACAGGAACUGGAGGCCGAAAAUGAAGGUCUGAAAGCUCAAGUAGUCAACCUGGAACAGGGUAAUAACGAGGCAGCUCAGGCGGAGAUAGUGGAGAUGUUGACCCAGCAAGGUCUGGCGGAGAUUUCUGACGCCACUCAGAGCGAGCAGAUAGCUUACCUCCUGGUGGAGAGGGCAAGGCUCCUGGACGAGCUGGAGGAGCACAACAACAGCAACAGCAACAACAACAGCAACAACAACAGCAACAGCAAUAACCCCAGUCCCAACGUGGAUGGUAGGUCCUCUGAGAUGGAACUGAAGCAAAUUCUGGAACAGGAGCGCGGAGACUUCGAGGAGGAGUUGAGCCAACAGCGAGAGAGUGCCAUUAUGAUGAAGGAGCAGCUCAAACAGGAGCACGAGGAGGAGAUAAACGCGCUGAUGGAGGAGAACAGUAAGCUGGAGGAGGACCUUCAGAAGGCAGAGAUGAUGGUCUCACAGCUGAAGGCAGAGCUGAACAAGUUCGAAGAAGGCGACGCGGCUGACAGCGGACUCCUCUCCUCCCUCCCUCGCCCCUCCUCCAACAAAGAGGGAGACGAUGAGGAGAGGAAGAAGAUGGCAGAGGAGAGGAAUGAGCUGAAUAAGAGAAGAGAGGAUCUGGAGAAGGAGAUGGCUGAAGUGGAGAAUGAGAAGGAAGAGUUGAAGAAGGAGAAGGGUGAGAUAGAGAAGGAGAAAGCCAGCCUUGAAAGUGAAAGAGCGAGUGUGAAGAAACAGACGGCCAAGCUGAGUCAGCUACAGGGGGAGGUGGACACGGAACAGGAGGCUCUCGCGAAGGAGAAACAGGAGGUGCAGCAGGAGAAGGAGGGGGUGAGGGAGGAGAAGGAGGAGGUGCGGCGGGAGAAGGAGGGGGUGCAAAAGGCGCGGCAGGAGCUGGACAACCGGAGAGCCGACCUGGAACAGGAGGAGGAGGAGUUCCACAAGGAGAAGGAGGCGUGGGAGAAGGAAAACAAAGACAGUCCCAGAGCUCAGUCCCUGCGUAAUGGAAGCCCCUCAAGGUCACCUAACGACAUGGCCAUUCGCAAAAUUAUCGAGGAGAAAACAAAGAUUGAGGGGGAGCUGGUCACCAUUAGGACCCAGCUGCGAUCGUUACAGAAGGAGAAAGAUUCACAUGACGACGUGACCAGCAUCGAUUCCAUAUCCAAGGAAAAGCAGAGUUUAUCCGAGAAAUGCGACUCCCUCAACUCGGAAGUGAAGACUCUCCGCGUGGACGCGAUGAAGUCGUCAACUCUCCAGGACAUCGUGGACAUUCUGAGCAACGACAAGAAGCAGCUCUCCGAGUCUCUUGAGUCCCUCAAGAGCAAGUUCGAGCAGACGAGUAGCGAGAAGGAGCAGCUGGCCAAUCAGAACAACCGUCUGUCCAAGGAGGAGCAGGAGCUGACCAAUCAGCUACAGGCGUGCAAGGAGGAGCUGGAGCGCGUGCAAAGGGAGAGGGAUGGGCUGAGCAGCGACAAACACGAGCUGCUGCAGGUCAAGGUUAAGCAGGAGGAGGUGGAGGGGUUGCUGCGGGGCGAGUUGGAGGAGAUGAGUAAGGUCAAAGAAAAAUUUGUCAGCCAGACGGAGAGCCUGAGUAAAGAGAACAAAGAUCUUCUCAACAAACUGGAGCAGACGAGAGAGGAGCUGGACGCAGCCAAGACACAAGUGCAGGAGCUUGCCAAGCAGCAGAUCAUCAUUGACCACCUGAAGGAGCAGAAUCAGAGCCUGCAGCUACAGAUGAAGACGUCCCACGAGGAGCUGGACAAGUCCAAGGACAGGGAGACCAUGCUCAUCACCACGCAGCAAUCCUUACAGAAAAGCCAUGACGACAUUGAAAAAAGACACACUCACGAAAUCGACGACCUGAAGCUGAAGCUGGAACUGACCCUGCAGGAGCUGGCAAAGACCAAGAAGUCGUGGGAGGACCUGGCUCAGGACAAGGAAGGGCUGGAAGAGAAUCUCAAGAGGACGGAGAAACUUCUCCACGAGAGUGCGGAGGUCAAGGACAUUCUAGAAGAGGAGAAGAGACAGAAGAACGGCCUGAAGCUGGAGAUCAACAGGCUGGAGCUGCAGCUGGCCGAGAAAACUGUGGAAGCCGACAAGUUCGAGUCUGAACGCAAGCAUCGGUUGGAGCUUGAGUCCAAAGUGGGAACGCUUCGGGACGUGGAAGAAAGCCUAAAGGUAAUCAGCCGUGAGCUGGAGAAAGAACGGAAAAUGCGAGAAAGCCUCGAGUUCCACUCAGAGGAACUGGAAAAAACGCUGUCUGUGCGUGUGAGCCGCGAGGACUUAGUUCAGGCUGAGGAGGAGGCAGACCGGGAGAGGGAGUGCCGGAUAGAGCUGGAGGCCAAGGUGAAGGACACAGAGACGAAGGUCAGAGAGCUGGAGCGUGCGGUGAAGGAGGCAGAGAUCAGCGGCACCUCGUCUUCGGAGCAGCUUCAGAACGAGCGAACUUUGAGGCUGAGUCUUGAGGCCAAUGUCAAGGAACUACAGUCAGCUUUAGCAGAACAGAGCUCCGCUGAGGAGCUGAGCAGGCUGAGGUCUGACCUGAACAAGGAGCGGGAGGCGGUGCGAGAGCUGCAGGAGUCGAGGGAGGACGUGGAGCUCCUGUGUGGGGAGUUGGAGAAGGAGAGAGGACUCAGGGCGGAGCUCACGCGACAGGUUGCUGAACUGGAGGCGGCGAAUGAAGACUCUGCCUCGUCGACCUUGAAGGCGACCUUGGACGAACUGGAGCGGGAGCGAAGGGCGAGGGCGGAGUGCGACAUGCGACUACAGGAAAUGGAACAAGUGCUGGAGGACCAGAGGAUGGACAGCGACAGUCUACAGCACAGCAUGAGUGGGAAGAUGAAGUCACUGGAAAAGCGAGUGCAGGCGCUCCAGGAUGAUCUGUUUGCGGCACAAGACGAGCUGCAAUCUUUCCAGGACAGAUACGAUCAGGCCAUGCAGGAAGCAGAAGUGGCCAAGCUGGAAGCUGCCAGGAGUCAGGUGCAGACGUCCAAUCAGAGGUCGGCUCUCAGAUCACCCGCGGCAGAUUCAACUGACGGAGACAAGCACCAACAGGACCUGGAGCUCUCCCUUCUGUCCACGUCUGCCAAACUGCAGGAGACGCUGAACGAGCUGAACACGCUCAAGUCGCAGCUGUGUCGCACGCAGGAGGAGCUCAACGGUCGCGACACUGACGUCAUUCACUCCAGGAAAGAGGUAGAGCUGCUGAAACAGUCGUUAGAGAUGAGCACAAACCAGCUGGAAGUGAGCGAAGACGAGCUACGGAACUUGCGUCGUGAACUGGCUGAUGCUAAUUGCGCCACAAAGAUCGCGGAGAGUCGGCUGGCGGACAAACAAGCCAAGCUGGAUGCGGUGGUGCAGGACCGAGACGAGAUCCAGCGGGAACUGGACACCCUGUGCGACGAGCAGCAGCAGCGGGUGACCCCGCGACCUCUCGACCCCACCUUCUACGGGGAGGAGGAGCGGCAGGAACACGUGGACCGUAUCGGCAGCCUGGAGAAACUGUCCCGUACACUGGAGCUGGACAAUAGAGAGAUGGCCAGGAAGCUGUCGGACACCAUGUCUAAAUGUGAGACUUAUGAGGAGCAGCUGCAGAGGGAAAAACUGAGGAGCACAGGAGUUGUCUCAGAUAAAGUCAGAAAUGUCCCGAGUCAAGUCAAACAACGAGCGACUGGAAAGUCACCUGCAGUCAGAGAGCAAACAGCGGCUGGACCUGGAGAACAGAAACAGCGUCAUCGACAACGAGAUGACAAAGGUCUGGAGCCAAGUGAGGAGUCUGAUGGAGAAGAACGCAGAGCUGGAAUCGAAUCAUCGCACAGCGGAGCAAGAACUUAACCUGAAAAAGAGCGCUCUGCGACAGGUGGAGACAAACCUGGUGCAGAAAGAAGCCACUUACGAAGCUUCGUCAAAGGCCAUUUUGGCGCGAGCUGAAGCUGCCGAACGAAAAGACAACAAACGUGGAUUUGCCAAGGAUUUGCAGCAGGAGCUGGAGGAGGUCACGCAGAAACUGCUCAACGUGGAGCGCCAGCUGUCGGCCGCCGACACGGGCAAAGGUCAACUGGAGGACACCAAGGACAAGUUGGUCACCAUUCGCAACCAGCUCGAGGGGGAGAAACUGCAGAGAACGCUGCUGGACCAGACGGUGGCGGAGCUCAAACACCAGGUGGCGCUGCUCAAACAAAGAGAGGCCAAAGUGAGCUCGGAGAACAAGGAGCUGCAGCACACCAUCCUUGACCUUGAGGGACGGCUGAACCAGUUGCAGGACACUUCGUCAGCUGUGUCUUACGACCCGCAAAUCAUUUCUGACGUGGGCAAGAGGUCACUGAUGGACCAGAUCGGCCGUCUCCAGCGGGAAGUCAAGGACCUUCAGUACGAGCUCUACAACGUGAGCGAGCGACGCGACGUCGACGUCAAGAGGUAUGAGGAGAGGAAGUUACGGACAAAGGAGAAGCUGAUGAAAGCUAGAGAGUUUUACACGUCGGAGCGGAGCAAGUACAUGGACCACAUGAAGCACCUGGACGAUGACCUGAGGCUGACCCGAGCCACACUGACCAAGGAGCUCCAGUGGCGGGAGAAGAUGGACGACAGCUACAAGCAGUUGCUGCGCGAGAAAAGGGACCUUAUCACUCAGUUGUCGGAGCUGGAAGAGUCGUCGAGGGACAAGUCCCGCGGUCUGUCCAUGGCACAGGUGCGCAGCAAGUACCUGGAGGAGGAGAACUCGCGUCUGCAGGACCGCCUCCAGGCUGUGUGUCAGCAGAAGCAUAACCUGGACAGGUUGCUCAAGGACCACGGCAAGAGAGAGAAAAUCCGCGCAGCCUCCCCCGUAGAGCACACAGGCUGCACCAGCGGCCUUGGGAACAGCCUGGACUCGGCCUGGGACCCCAACGACCGCCUGGACAGCUGUGGUCAGUCCUGGUCAUCCUCCCACCAGGUGGACCCUCCGGCCAACUUUCGCAAAACAGGAGGCAGCGGGGGUCUCGUGGCGGAGCACAACACCAGUGGCGGCAGGGGAGAGCAGCAUCCCGGAGGUUUGGUCCGCGGCUUGAACAUCUACGAGAACAGCCAGCCCGUCGGCUUGAAGCACGCGAAAAGCUGCGGCAACAUCAGCAUGAACAGCGCCAGCAGGAACAGCGGCAGCAUCAGCAUGAACAGUGCCAGCAGGAACAACGGCAGCAUCAGUCUGUACCCUCAGAUGACCGGCGACUACUCCCUCUACUCGGAAAUUGACGAUUUGAAAGUGAGAGACGAUUACGACGAUGAAGAUGACGAGUUUGAAGCAUGACCCGCCAUUAGUGUGGUGUGACCUGUGUGUGUAAAUUAGCUGUCCAAAGUUUGUGAAUAUGUUUGGGUCUUGUUUGAUUUUGGUCCUCUUUAUUGUGUGCAAGUAAAGAAUUUAAUUUUUUUUCUUUCUUCCCAGUCCAGUGUGGUUUCUGAGUAGUGUUGGAAGAAAUACCAAACAACGACUAAGCCCUGUGCUGAGUUCAAAUGUCAUUCUGCAUUAGUUUGUGUUUGGGAAACCUAAAAUUGCCGUGUUCUGUUUCCCUCUGCUGUACUGGCUUGCCUGUUUCCUGGGUAUUUUACUAAUGUUGGUCAGAGCCCAAACAAAAGUACAGAGUCGAUGUUUCAAUUUCAUGUAGACAAAGGGGAACUCAUUUUUCUUGGGCGUUUUCAUUUUUCAUUACGUUACUAUUCUUUUUCUGGUCCGGUGGCAAAAAACAAACAUUCUGUGGGUAGGAUCAUGCAAUACUUUCUUUUUUUUCUUACAGUCAUAAGUCUGUCCUUUUCCCCCCACAGUUCAGCGAGUGUAUGUUAAUUCAUUGUUUUAUCGUACUGAUAGCUGAAGUGUUGUUGUUUCAUGGUUUGAAGUAAGUUCUCCAAGGUAAUGAAGUUUCGCAUUGUGCUUAAGUUGUGUGGAACACUGUGGGAUUUAGAGAAGAUUUCCAUGAUUGUUUGUGUACUCUUAAUUAUUGUGCAGGUUGCUAUGAAAGGCAGGAGUCGGUCUGUGAUAAUAAAUAUAAUGUUCGACUCCUUGGACAAUUUAUCAUUCAUGGUUAUUUCAUGUACACAUUUUGCGUCAAUAGCAACUGUUCAUUAAGAUUCAUCGUCACAGUUCACAUGUGUGACGAGGUUGAUUCAUCUGUAUAAGAAGCCUCUUCACCACAGCUCAUUCAUUGUUUUUCCACUUUAUUUUUGUAAGAAUUUUAAAAAUCAUUGCAUUUUGUAAUGUCUGAGCUUUGUUGUCUGAUCAGAACCAUCUCUUCAUUUUCUGUGUUUGUUGACUCAUUUUCAAACUUAAAAUACAUUCAUCCUACUCUGCCGUGUCAAGGGAGAGCGACGUAUCUGCACUUUUUAUGAUUUUGAUUUACGUCACGCUGCCAUUGGAAAUAUGGGCAU